AUGGAAGAGUCAGAGCAAACGACCGAUAGCUCUUAUUCCUUUCUGUCAAAGUCCUUCGAAAGUGGAGGAAACUUUCUGAGAAACUACGAACAGCACGACACAAAAUGGGAUCUCGUGUCACCGAUGACACAACGUGUCAUCCUCAAUCGAUCGACGGCACCAACUCAAUUGAAACGCCGAAGAUCUCAAUCUUUCAAUGAUUUCAUCGAUAUAGUCGCAACAGAAACAAGUUCCUUGCUGCCACCUACAAAAUCUGUACAGCUUCCACAUCAUCAUAUUUCAGAGCCGCUCAUUGGCCAUGCCGACACGCAGAAUGGGAAACAUCAGCCUCAACAGCACGAACAAAAUAAUGAUCCAGAACAGCAAAAGGAACUGACGGGUCCACAAGAAGCAAAAUUAAUUGACGAGCCUCCACGCAAUCCUGCUUGGAUAUGUGUUUUGUUUGGUGUCAUCAACGCCAGCAUUGUCAUCCCCGUGGUCAUGAGUUUUGGAAACAUCAUCUAUCAGAACGCAGCCUUUGCACCAUAUAUGCCAGUCUUGAUCAAGCUCACCAUGGUUUCUGGAGUGGUCCACCAACUAUGUUUUUCCACCUUUUCUUCCUUGCCCUUUGCUGUGGGGAGCGUCCAAGAUGCAGGGCUCAUCUUUCUGUCUUCCAUGGCUUCCGAUAUGGUAGUGUACUGUCGACAGCAGGGGUAUAAUGAUGAAGUAAUGCUGGCAACAGUCACGGUUGGUCUGGGAUUGGCUGCAGCCUUACUGGGACUAGGAUUAGUAGUGGUUGGGAAACUGAGACUAGCAGGUUAUGUCCAAAUGCUUCCCAUCUGUGUCGUUGCUGGAUACUUGGCGUACAUUGGAUUAUUCUGUGGUAAAGCGGGAAUCAUCCUCAUGGCUGGGGGAAGAAACGGUUUAUCCUUUCCAAAGUUGGUGGUAGACAAUUAUCUGUUUAUUGCACCAGGCAUUGCUGGUGGUCUCUUCAUCUACUAUUCGGUGAGAAAAUUGAAGCACGUGGCAGUCCUUCCCACGACGAUUCUUCUUCUAUUUCUGAUUUUUUAUGCAAGCUUGAGCAUGUCGGGGUGCACCUUGAAAGAGGCUACAGAAGAUGGGUGGAUUCGGAAAGCGGAACCUUCACCAGUGUGGUAUCGAACAUGGGAUUACAUCCAACCAAGCUUGGUCGCUUGGUCCGCGCUACCUCGAUUACUCCUAACAGAGUUAAGUAUGAUCUUUGUCGUCGCGUUAUCAAGCUCCCUUGAUGUCGCAGCCAUUGAGUUGGAGGUGAAGCGACCUUUGAACUACAACAAAGAGUUGAUUGUGGUGGGAAUCAGCAAUAUGGUGUCAGGUCUGACGGGAGGUUACACGGGGAGUUACAUCUUUAGUCAAAGCAUAUUUACGCUACGAGCAGGCAUUCGAGAACGACUGCCUGGCUUUGUCUUGGCAUUCUGUCAAUUGGCGGUUAUUGUCAUACCGUUUCCCAUUCUGGCAUACGUUCCAAACUUUUUCUACGGUUCACUUCUGUUCAUGAUCUGCCUGGACCUCAUGUAUGACUGGCUAUGGGACAUUCGCACAAAGGUCACCAAAGCCGAGUACUUGAUUGGACUGGCUACCUUUGUCUUGAUACAGCUGCUGGAAGUUGAGUAUGGAAUCAUUGCGGGAGUGAUACUUUACGUUGUAUGUCGCAAGGCUGGCGUCGAUGUCGGCGAACUCAAGAUUGCCACUACAGAAGACGGGAUCGAACAGUAG